GCCCCGCCCCCUUCGCGUACCGGAAACAAAACUACAACUUCUGUCACAACAAAAUGGGAGCGACGCAAGGGACUCCAACCCGAUGUCCUCUUUGCAACGGUCUGACCGAGGACCCCGUCAUCCUCAGGUGUGAUCACCGCUUCUGCUCACGAUGUAUCGGGGACCUGUGGAGCGUCACCCCGAAAGGGCCGUAUCACUGCCCGCAGUGGAAGUGCAAAACUGUCUACAAGACUCUACCGUUCGAUCGCAGUUUAAUGAAGCAGUGGUCCAGUCAGAGUCCAUGGUCUGAGCCCUCCAACAACACAGCCCCGUUGAAAAAUGAUGAGCGUGGAUGUUUCCCAGUGUUGACAAGGCCUUCACUCACCAGUCGACUCCUGGGGAAGAGAAAGUCCAGCACCUCAAUAACAGAUCAACCUGGCACUAAACGAUCAGCAGUGUACUUUCCCAGUGAUCAGUCUGAUAACAGUGAGACUCCGUCCACCUCCAGCUCCCAUGAAUCUGAGCAGUCAACCACUGUGAAUCCUCCAAAGUCUGAAGUCCACCCAGAAUCUACACCGCCGGUUCCUGGUGACAGUUUGUCAUCCUGCAACGAUUCCAGCAGUGAGAUGUUACCUGAAUGUAAUGUGCCAAAAAACCUUUCAGUCCAGCAGAGCCAAAGCAAGCCAGAGGUUAUCACACUGGAUGACCAUGACAGCUCCAGUGAAGUAGAUAUAUGUGAUGCUCCUCUUCUUGUCAUCUCUGCAAAAGGAGCUGGAGACUCAGAACUUCAUACAUCACCAAAGCAAGCCACCUCUCCUCCUAAAUCUGGCUCCUCUCCUGAGGUCCCAAUACCAAGCAAAAAAGAAGGUGCACCUGUACAACCUGCCAACUCAUCUGUGCCUUCCACCAAACACAGUUCAAGCAGUUACUUUUCAAUGCAAGAGCACAAAAACACCAGCAGUGUGCACUGCCACUACUGCCCCAAGUCUGUAUGUGUGUCUGCUGUGAAGACCUGUCUGGUGUGUGGCGCUUCUAUGUGUACGGAGCACCUCCGCCCCCACCUGGAGUCUCCUGUCUUUCAGAAUCACACACUGGUCUCUCCCAUGGAGGACAUUUCUGCCUGGAGGUGCCAGGAGCACCAGGAGACAAACAGAAUCUACUGUCGGCAGUGUAGAGUGUGUGUGUGCACAGUGUGUACUGUCAUCGGCCCCCACUGCGACCACGUCUGCAUCAGCAUAAAGGAGGCGGAGAGGGAGCUCAGGGGUAAUCUAAAAGAAGAGAUCAAACAGCUGCAGCACGCCGAACAUCAGGUGAAGAACAGAGUGGCUGAACUCACACAGAGGAAAGAGACCUCCAGUGAAAUUUUAAGCCAGGCCCGAGAAGGAGUGAAACAGCAGUAUGGAGCCAUCAGGGAGGUUCUGGAGCAGGAGGAGCAGUCAGCUCUUGGGUGUGUGACGAAGGAGGAGAACAGGGUGAUGGAUGGACUGGGGGAGGAACUCAGUCAGCUCCAGCACUCCCUGCUGUCCAUUCAGAAGGGUCUCCAUACUCUAGAGGGACUGUCUGAUACCAAGUCAGACAUGCGCAUUCACGACCAAUCUUUUAUCAUGGAGUACAACAGAGUCGCCCAGCUGGCUAGUAACAUGACUGGUUGUGUGGAGCAGUUGGAAGCUCCGGAGGAAGUAGAUCGAAUUCGGUUGAAAUGUUUGCAGAGGUGGACGGAGAAACGACUGGACUCAAUCACCAGCUCUGAGCCCGACAAAGACAGAGACCUCUACAGACUGCACUAUGGCAUCAUCCCCAUCCUGGAUCCAGACACGGCACAUUUGAAGUUACAUCUGUCAGAGAACAACAGGACGGUGACCUACACUGAUGCGCAACAGUUCUACACUGAGCACGAAGCUCGCUUCAGCUGCUUCCCACAGGUCCUGGCCUCCUGUGCUCUGGAGGGGGGUUGCUGGUACUGGGAGGUGGACGUGUCCGUGGACGACGGCCGCUGGAAGGUAGGGCUUUGUGAGGGACAGAUGGAGAGGAAAGGUCAGAAGGACAACUCCCGUCUGGGCUUCAACACUCACUCCUGGUGCCUGGCCUGUGAUAGAAAGAAAGUAGAUGCCCAGCACAACAAAGUGUGUGUUCCUGUGGCUGUAGAGAGGCUGCACAGGGUGGGAGUGUUCCUCAACUUCGACGAAGGGAUUUUGUCCUUCUUUAAUGUGACACCAGGGGGCAGCCUCGUACUAUUGCACUCCUACAAGCACAGGUUUUCUGCUCCUCUCUACCCAGCCUUUUCUGUGUCAAAAACACACCUGGCUAUCUGUGAUCUGUUCCAGAUCUGAGCCGUGCAGCGUUGAUAGGCCAGUUCUGUUGUGGAACUGCAGACAAGUCGGAGCAAGUUUUUAGUAAAAUAAUUUCAUCUAUAAAUUUGUGGCAGUUUGCUAGUUUUCAGGAAUUAUUUUGUAUUGUGAAUCAUUUCCUACUGUUGCAUAAAUGUGUUUUUAUAGUAUUAAUAGUGCUGGAAGUACACAGUUCUAGACAUGUUAUUCACACAUUAUAUAUUUACAUUCCAUCAAAUGACAUUUUUAUUUUUUUUAAGAUGUUAAUCAUUGGAGAAAAGUUUUAAAUGUAACAAUGACAAAAUGACUGGAAAUAUUACCUGUUUGAAUGUGUUUUUAAAAUCAUGUUUUAAAUCUUCUGAGCCAUUUUAUCAAAUUAAAAGUUUUAAUUAAUUGAAUACUUUUUGCCUU